AUUCAAAUUUGGCGGGCCGUAUUUCUGCCAUAGUCUGAACUGCUUCUCAGAGCGACAAGCAAGCAGUAGUUUGUUCGGAAAAGAGGAACUAACCGCCGGCGGAGACCGACAGCAGCAGCUUAUGAAUGGGCUGGACAGUGAUGCUCUGCAGAUUGAAACCAUGGCAAUACUUGUCACUGGGAGAGAGGAUCUUCUCCGUCCACCAACAGACAUCAAGAUGGGGAUAGAUGGAAAACAGUUCCGUUGACGGAAUAUACUUCCCUACACAACACGUACAAAAUUACUGGUUCAGCAGCUGUGGGACAAUCACAGAGACUGGGAUGAUCCAACUUCCACAAGAUCUUCUGACAGCUUGGUACAGAUGAGGAAAAAACAAGCAGCAGCCGGUCUAAAAGAGUCCCGUCUAAAGAGGGUGGCAGGACCAAAGCGCUGAAAAGAAAGGCCUGCUCUGAUGAUGAUGAUGGAGAAACCAAAAAGAGGAAGGUUGAACCAUCUGAGCCUGCAGAGCCCAUGAAGCCCACCAGAUUAAAGACGAUGAAGAAUAAGAAAGACUUUCUGAAGAAACUGAAGAAGAUCAUCGAAAAGAGAACUUCUCUCAGUCGAACCAACACCUCCUCGGUCAAGACCAGCGAAGAUGACUUUGAAGCUAAAUACGAGCAGAUGGAGCAGUUGGGUGAAGGCGGCUUUGGAUGUGUUUUUGGCGGCUUCCGCAGAUCAGACAACCUGCAGGUGGCCAUCAAACGCAUCGGAAAAGGCUUCGAUCUAAAUACAGAGGUGGAUGAACACGGACAGUUCAUUUGCGCGGAGGUGGCCGUCAUGCAGAAGCUGAAAGACCCACAGCUACAGUCUCCAGAUAAAGCCUCCCCCGUGGUUCUGCUGGACUGGUACGAUCUGAAGGAGGAGAUCGUCCUUGUAAUGGAGAGACCGAUCCCAGCCACAGACGUGAAAGUGUACCUGAAGAACAGAGGAGGCAUAGCAGAGGAAGAUGAAGUUAAGAUCAUCAUGAAACAGCUGAUCCACACAGCUGUGGAUCUUGAGGAGAGGCACAUCUUCCAUCGGGACAUCAAAAUUCAAAAUGUCCUGAUUGAGACGAGCUCCAGUGUCCCGCGUGCUCGCCUCAUCGACUUUGGACUGAGCUGUUUCACCAAGGAGACCUCCGUGUUCACAGACUUUGCAGGCACAUUGAGUAUUGCUGCCCCAGAGUCUAUGUUUGGCUCCGGCUACAGAGCAGAACCAACCACAGUGUGGCAGCUUGGAGUGGUUGGGAAUGAGGCUUUACAUGGAGUGGGCUUCAACACCAGAAAGUUUGCAAUGAAUAAGCUGAAGAUAAGGGAAGACCUGUCCCCGGACUGCCAGUGUUUUUUGAAAUCGUGUCUGAGGUCUUACCCUUCAUUCAGGCCCAAGCUGAAGGAGCUGCUGCAGCAUCCAUGGCUGAUAUAAUCUCACACACACACACAUGCACACACACACGCACGCACACACACACACACACACACACACACACACACACAUGCAUCCACAACAUAACAGUAACAUCUUAACAGAGCUGGACGAUGUGAACAAAAUAUCAACUCUCUGUGUUUUUGUCAUUUAUUCCAGCAGCUCUGCCAGCAAACCUAAAGAAACAUCUUCAUCAGGAAACCAAACAAGAGAACUUCAAAAGAAGGCGGGGUCACAUUUAGAUGAGAUUCCACUAGUGCUGCCACAAAACCACAAGAAGAAGAAAACGAAUAAAAAAACAAAAACAAACCGCAAGACACAUCUUCAGCUGGGGACCAAACCAAAAAGCAUCAUGAGAGGGCGGGGUCACAUUUGGAUGAGGAAACCACAUCAGUGAAACCAGGCGACUGGGUGUUCAUCAAAGAGGAAGAACUGGGCCAGCCCAUGGUGGGAAGGACCAUACCAAGUCCUUCUAACCACACCCACAGCUAAAGACGGACAUGUCGCCAUGGUGACCCCUAAAGGAAUCAGCCUCAAGACAAAGAAGAGUUUAUGUCAUCAAUACAGAGUCCCCAGAUGCUGGGGGGAUUCCUUCUGCAGCUCCUUCAACCCCUCAGCCAUCGGUGGAAGGGCCAUCUCUCUUUGAAUUGCCUUUCCAGAGGGUUCUUCCUGAAUUGGCCUCACAGGGAGUUUUACCUCGUCUUCAUUGAGAGCUUGGGUUGGGGGGCGGAGCGUGCACAACCACACUGGGGUUCUAAUUACAAUUGGGCAGCAGAAGUAAAGAGUACCCAUCACAUGUAUUAAUAGAUCAAUUUAGACUCCUUAAAUUAGAAAAUUAACUUUAUUUUAUCUAAUAUAUUUUACUUAAUUAACAGAUUAUAAACAGUGGCUAAUUCUAGUUUUCUAAUGCUAGUUUCUGCACAUAUAUUGCUAAUUUGUGGGCAGAAAUUGCUCAUUUGUAAUCACAAAAGUCCAAUUUGUGCACACAAAAUGCUAAUUAAUAUUCACAAAAUCCUACCUUUGUGCAGAAAAGACUGAUUUGUGUACACAAAAUUGUAAAUUUUCCUAACAAAAUACUAAAUUGCAUUUACAAAUGCUCAUUUAUAAGGAGAAAAUCUAAUUUAUGUGCAUAAAAUACUAAUUUGUGUAACAGAAUUUUAAUUUGUCUCAACAAAAUACUAAACUGUGUUUACAAAAUUCUCAUUUAUGAGGACAAAAUCUAAUUUAUAAGCAUUAAAUACCAAUUUGUGUUAUUAAAAACACUAACUUGUUGCCAACUAAACAACCUAAAGUGUCUCUGAUUAAAACUAAAUGACGAGAACCAAACCAAAUUGCCGUAAAAUUGUACAUCUUUGCUUCUGUUUUUUUAACCAUCAGGAAUUUCUGUAGUAAAUAAAAAUGGGACUUUUUACUUCUUA